CUAAAACAUAAUACAGUGCAAACAAACCAAACCAACCACCCACAGAUAACAGUACAUACAAGCAAGCGUCGUCAGGCAGGCCGGGUCAAUAUCAAUAGGGCAGGUAGGUACAGGGGGAGCAAGUGGAGAUGGGUCGGGGUCACAGGCCAGGUUCAGCAGGUAGCAAGCAGCGUGGUACAGAGGGUCAGGCAGAGGGAUGGUCAGGAGCGAGCCGGGAUCAGAGCAGGAGAAGUCAGCAGCGGUUCAGAUCAGGCAGGGUCAGCAAAGGAACAGAAACAGGAUGCAGGACAGAUACAGGGCCCAGGACAAACACAACACCAAGGCAGAGUCUGCAAGUCUGGCCAU